AAUGCAUGCUGGGAUGUGACUCUAUAUCCGGUAAGUGGCGUGUGGGAAGCUCGGCGCGUUUCUGUCCGGGAGUUUGUUACGUCUGUGUAAUUUACAGUUUUCAGCAUGGUAAAACUGUCGGCGGAGCUCAUCGAGCAAGCGGCUCAGUAUACCAACCCCAUCCGGGACCGGGAGCUGGACCUGCGAGGUUAUAAAAUACCUGUACUUGAAAACCUCGGAGCAACUUUGGACCAAUUUGACACCAUCGAUUUCUCUGAAAAUGAAAUCAGAAAACUGGACGGCUUCCCUUUGCUAAGGAGACUGAAGACGCUUCUGAUGAAUAAUAAUAGGAUAUGUCGGAUAGGCGAAGACCUCGAACAGUCGCUGCCCAAUUUGAAGGAAUUAAUUCUCACCAACAACAGCAUCCAGGAGUUGGGAGACCUGGAUCCUCUGGCAUCCAUAAAAAGCUUAACUUUGCUCAGCCUACUGCGGAACCCAGUGACCAAUAAGAAGCACUACCGCCUUUACGUCAUCAACAAAAUUCCACAGUUGCGGGUGCUUGAUUUUCAAAAAGUCAAGUUAAAGGAGCGUCAGGAGGCGGAGAAAAUGUUCAAAGGCAAACGGGGUGCACAGCUUGCAAAGGAUAUUGCCAAGCGAACCAAAACGUUCACCCCUGGAGCAAACCUACAGGCUGAAAAGAGAAAGACGGGUCCCUCGCCCGCUGACGUGGAGGCCAUCAAGAAUGCCAUCGCCAGCGCUACCUCAUUGGCUGAGGUGGAGAGACUGAAAGGGCUGCUGCAGGCCGGCCAGAUCCCUGGGAGGGAGCUGAGGCAAGACCCUACAGGCAUGGUGGAGGAAGAGGAGGAGGAAGAAGAAAUGGAAGACGGUGCACACGGUGGCGCCGAAAUGCCGAUGGAGGGAGAAGCCAUGGGUGAUGGUGGAGGAGAGGAUGAGGAAGGAGGGGAUGAAGAGGAAAUGGAGGACGACGGUCAGGCCAACGGAUCAGUGUGAAGAAAGAUGGGUGCUGGUGGUGACUCUAGUGUCUGCUUUCCAGGCUUUUAGUUUAGGUGGCGUUUUAUUUUUUAUGUUGUAAGAUAAUGUAAAAUGCAUUAAACUUUUCUGUACAAA